GUGAAGUCACUACUGAAAAAAAAUAAAAUAAAAUAGUUUAGUGUUAAAAUUAGCGUUAAUUCGUGCAAAAGCAUGUAAAAUAAAAGUAUUAUUUCACUCGAAACACACACAAAAAUGCAAAAAUACAGAAAACUAUGGAGAUUCAACAUAAAAUUAUGUUUAAAAAAAUCUCAAAUUUUGUUAGUUAGCUGUUACUUAUUAGUCAUAGUUUUAGCACAGUUACAAAUAGUUGCAAGCCAAAGUGAUGAUGACGGAAUUUACCGCGGAAAAGAACUGGGAAAGCUAAAUACGUACCAUCAUCAGGUGUCGGGCGAUGUUUAUGCGGUCGACGAGUACACGUUGCUGUUUGUGAACUUCAAUUACGACGGAAAUGGCGCCGAUACGUACUUUUGGGCCGGUGCAAGUAAUCGUCCCGGGCCUCAGGGCUUCAUUGUGCCUGAUAAAUAUGGAAAAACGAACAUUCUGGAUCGAUAUUUCAACGAUGAGUUCACGCUGCGCCUUCCGGACAACAAAAAACUCGUAGAAAUUCAAUGGUUUUCGAUUUAUGACAUCAACACGCAGAACACCUUCGGCGACGUUUACAUCCCGGAUGACUUUGAGCCGCCUGUAACGCAAAAAAUUGGCGCGCUAGCGAGAAAUAGUGAAGCUUCGGGUGAAGUUAGCAGUGGCAGUAUCGAAGUUUUGAACUCGCAAACGAUUUUGAUUCCCAAUUUUAAUUACAAUGGACGUGCUUUAAGAGGACAUUUUUGGGCGGGAGAAGGUCCGGCGCCCAAUGCCAAUGGAUUUAAAAUUCCCGAUGAACUUGGAUAUUUGGAUCCGAUUCGGAAGUACAAUAAUGAAACAAUUCGUUUGGAAUUGCCGGGAGGAAAGACGAUUUUUAAUAUUAAUUGGUUCAGUGUUUAUGAUUUGCACACGAAUGAGGUGAUGGCGCAGAUUUACAUGCCGGAUGUGUUGAAUGUGCCGCCGUCGUUGACGAAAAUUUUGCCUCUUGUCGAACCUCUUCCCAAUUGUCGUCAACUUCACAAAUUAUACCGGGUCUCAUGGGAGGUUUUUGGACCGCAAAUAACGCUACAACUGACUUCACAAGUCGGCGAGGAUCAUUACAUGGCCUUUGGAAUCUCCGGAUCACAAGAAAAAAGUCAAAUGUUGGGAGCUGACGUCGCCGUCGCUUACAUAAUUGGCGGAAAUCAAGGUUUUGCCUUGGAUUAUAACAUCACUUCUUUAGCUCCGUGCGUUCAAGUUCUCGGUCAAAACAAGGGAGUUUGCAAGGAUGAUGCUGUUGGCGGCAUGGAUAAUUACCAAAUGUUGCUCUUUUCACGCGAAAAUGGCGUAAAUCAAGUAAAUUUCCGGCGAAAUCUUCUCUCGUCGGACGAUGGCGACAAACCUUACGUGCUAACUCGUCCCAUGUACAUGGUUUGGGCUCUCGGGCGUCUCGAUUCGAACCGCGAACCAGCUUUUCACGAUUAUUAUCCCAAACGAGAUGUCAUUAUCGACUUUAAUCCGGUCGAAAAGUACAACGAUUGUUUCGCGUUCAAGGAAGAAACGAAGCCCGAGAAGAAAACCGAAAUUUGGGAGCAAUCUCACAUCUACGACAGAUCCGUGCGAUCGUUCACAGCAACUUUGGGUCCUCCCGGAGGUCGAAAAGGAUACGCUGGACUAACGAAUCACGUGAGCAACGGCAUCGCUUGGUACCUGAAUGGCCUUCUGAUUCCCGAAUUGUGGCUUCGGCGUGGCUUGACGUACGUUUUUAAAGUUCGCGGCGGCAAUAAUCCGCAUUCGGCGGAGUUUUAUCACCCCUUGGUCAUCACGGAUGAACCUCGAGGCGGCUUUGAUCGCUUAACGGAUGCCAAACAAAGUGAAAUUCGUGUCUUAGCUGGCGUGGAAUUCACGAGACGCGGAAGACCGAAACCUACAGCAGCAGGUCCUUUAUGCUUGGCGAAACAUCCAGAAGGACAAGAUCGACGUUUAGACGAUAAUUUCAUGACUUUUAAAAAGUUUAAUCGAACGUUGGAGAGUGAUUGUUCCGCAGGAGAUCCCGCUUAUCUCGAAAUUACGCCGAAUUCGUCGUGGCCUGACAUUGUCUACUACAACAGUUUCACACAAGCGAACAUGGGAUGGAAAAUUCACAUUGUCGACAGUUAUCAAGGAGCGAUAAGAGUGCCAAAUGCAGCUACAAACACGGGAUUUUCGAUGUUUUUGAUGAUUUUCUUUGCUGGAGUUGCGUUUCUUCUGCGACAAAACAACUUUUAAGACUGUUAAAGACAAAUUUUUGAACUUCUUAAGCGACGAAAAGUGCAAUUUUUGACUAAAAAUUCUUAAUUUCAUACAAAAAAGUUUAAAAAAAAAACAUAAAAAUCACUUCGAGA